GUAAUUUAUUUGUUGUCAUUUUGUUAAAUUUGUUAAUUACCAUAGAAAGGUUUCAAGUUUAAAGCAAGUUUCAAUGUGUAAUUUAGUCAAUAUUAAUACAUAGUUAUAUAAGUUACUGCAUAUAUUAUUUACUAUAAGAGUAUAAGAAAUAGAUGAACUAUUAUGAAACAAAGUGAAUACAUGUUGCUUGCUUGAAAUAUUUAUUUAUUGAUAAAUAUGUGUUAUUAAUUGAAAUAUUCAUUAGCAAGUUUACUGCGCUACAGUUAACCAAAUAAGUGAUUUCUGUCUUUAUGACCUUAGUUAACAAAAGAAAUGCAAAUAUUAAUGUAUCCAAGACUAGUUGUUUGGAGAUAAUUGUUCUAGGUGGCUAUGGGAAAUUUAAAAUUCUGAUAUAGAAGGUAAAACUUAUUUAGAAAUCUGAAACAAAGCUAGGCAAUUGUUGCAUUUAAUCAUGACACCAUUUAUUGUUGCUGUUGUUUUUUUAUUGUUGUCUUAGCCGUUGUGACAUGUAUUGUAUUCAAUAGUGACUAAUGCAAAUUAAAACUAUCAGUAGUAACAAAUCCAUGUUUAUUGAAUGCUGACAUCUAGUUGCAAAAGAUUGUAUUCCAUACAUUUAAAACACACACAGUAGUCUCUAAAAUCUUGUCCAACAAAAUUGUAUUUUAUUAAUCAUUAUCCAGUCCAAACUUUAACUGACACGGUUUUAGACUUAUGGUUGUGUGAAAUAUAUUUUGUUUUUGGUGUUUUGUGUUAUUAUCUUUUGACACAAAAUCAGAUUUAACUGUAUGUAUGAUGCAGAUCAGUAGGAAUACUGUCUGGAGUGAAUCACUGAACAUGAACAAAACUAAUCUGAGCACAGAUCAUGAACAUAUUGAAAUAUGUCAGAAUGAAGCCACUGAAAGUCGAUCUGGUUACCAAAAAGAAGAAGAGAAGGCCCUGACUGUUGGCUUUUUCCAGCUGUUUCGCUUUGCUACAUGGUUAGAUAUUGUGAUGAUGGUAGUUGGUGGAUUGUGUGCGCUCAUCCAUGGUGCUGCCUCUCCUCUCAUGCUGCUAGUCUACAGCAUGAUGACUAACACCUUUGUAGCCUAUGAGCUAGAGAUUCAGGAACUAGCUGAUCCCAACAAAGUCUGCAUCAAUAACACUGUCACCUGGAUUAAUGGGACUGUAGUGGAGCAGGGAGAUAAUACCACUGUGCAGUGUGGUGUAGAUAUUGAGGCACAGAUGACCAUGUUUGCUUAUUAUUAUGUUGGCAUCGGAGUGGGCGUGCUAAUUCUCAGUUAUUUUCAGAUUGCUCUGUGGGUCUCUGCAGCUGCAAGGCAAACGCAGCGAAUUCGCAAAAAGUACUUCAAGAAGAUCAUGAGCAUGGAAAUUGGAUGGUUUGACUGCAAUUCUGUUGGAGAGCUGAACACAAGAAUAUCCGAUGAUAUUAACAAAGUCAACAAUGCUAUAGCAGAUCAAGUGGCUAUAUUUAUUGAGAGGAUUUCUACAUUUAUCUUUGGCUUUCUGGUGGGUUUUAUUGGGGGAUGGAAGCUGACAUUGGUGGUGAUUGCAGUAAGCCCUCUUAUUGGAUUGGCAGCAGGACUCAUGGCCAUGGCAGUUUCAAGGCUGACAGGUCGUGAGUUGCAGGCCUAUGCUAAAGCAGGUGCUAUAGCUGAUGAAGUCCUCUCUGCUAUCAGAACAGUUGCAGCAUUUGGAGGAGAGGACAAGGAGACAGAAAGAUAUGACAAGAACCUUGCGGAAGCUCAGACCUGGGGAGUGAAGAAAGGAGUGAUCAUUGGUGUAUUUCAGGGUUAUCUGUGGUGCAUCAUCUUUCUCUGUUAUGCUCUUGCCUUCUGGUAUGGAUCCAAACUGGUCAUUGAUACCAAAGAGCUUAGUCCUGGAACCCUCAUACAGGUGUUCUUUGGUGUCCUUAUGGGAGCCAUGAACCUGGGUCAAGCCUCUCCUUGUUUAGAGGCCUUUGCUUCUGGUCGUGCUGCAGCCAAGAGCAUCUUUGAAACCAUUGACAGGGCCCCAAAAAUUGAUUGUUUCUCUGAAGAAGGGCACAAGUUAGAGAGCGUGAAAGGUGAUAUUGAAUUCCACAGUGUUCAGUUCAACUAUCCCUCUAGGCCUGAUGUACAGAUUUUAGAUGAUUUGAACUUACUGGUUAAAGCUGGAGAGACUACAGCAUUUGUUGGAUCUAGUGGAUCUGGAAAAAGUACAGCAGUCCAACUCAUUCAGAGAUUUUAUGACCCUCAACAAGGAAAGGUCACUCUAGAUGGUCAUGACAUUAGAAGUCUGAAUAUCCAGUGGCUUCGUUCACUCAUAGGCAUUGUAGAGCAGGAACCAGUUCUCUUUGCCUCAACUAUUGCAGAGAACAUCCGCUAUGGUCGCCCAGGGGUCAGCAUGGAGGAGAUUAUACAAGCUUCUAAAGAGGCUAAUGCUUAUAACUUUAUCAUGGACCUACCACAGAAUUUUGAUACACUGGUUGGAGAGGGUGGAGGUCAAAUGAGUGGGGGGCAGAAGCAGAGGAUUGCAAUUGCUCGAGCAUUAGUCAGAAACCCCAAAAUCCUUCUGCUAGACAUGGCCACCUCAGCUCUGGACAAUGAAAGUGAAGCUGUAGUGCAGGAGGCACUGGAAAAGGCCCGAAUAGGCAGAACCACCAUUACUAUUGCUCAUCGUCUGUCUACAAUCCGUAAUGCCGAUGUGAUUGUGGGUUUUGAACAUGGCCGUGCGAUGGAGCGGGGUACACACAAAGAAUUAAUGGACAGACAGGGAGUCUAUUUCACUCUUGUUACGCUCCAGGAGCAAAAAAGUGAAACAUCCAAUCCCCAAAAAGAGAAAACAUCUGAAGCCAACGAUCUCAAAGAGGAUAGUACUGAGCAGAUAACAAGUUUCAGCAGACUGAGCUAUGAGUCAAGUUUAAGGCAAUCAUUACGAAUGAGGUCACAGUCACAAAUGUCAAACCACUUCAUGGAUGCUAUAUCUGGAGAAAUAAAAUUUGAUUCAGACAACAUUGAAAUGAAGGCAGUGAGAGAAGCAAAGAAAAUUGAUGAUGUGGAAGAGCUGUCUGAAUCAGCAUCUGUGGCUCGAAUUCUAAAGUACAACCAGCCUGAAUGGCCAUACAUGUUGUUUGGGUCUUUAGGAGCAGCCUUAAAUGGCUCUGUCAACCCAUUGUACGCCCUCUUAUUCAGCCAGAUUUUAGGGACCUUUGCUAUAAGGGACCUGGAUGAACAAAGAAAGCAAAUUAAUGGUGUUUGUGUUCUCUUCGUGUCCGUGGGAAUUAUGAGUUUCUUCUCACAGUUCCUACAAGGGUUUGCCUUUGCUAAGUCAGGUGAGCUACUAACUCGCAGGCUAAGGAAGAUUGGUUUCCAGGCUAUGCUCAGACAGGAGAUUGGAUGGUUUGAUGAUCCUAUCAACAGCCCAGGAGCUCUUACAACUAGACUGGCUACUGAUGCAUCCAUGGUGCAAGGGGCUACUGGUUCUCAGAUCGGCAUGGUUGUGAACUCUCUGACAAAUAUUGGAGCUUCAUUUAUCAUUGCAUACUACUUCAGCUGGAAGCUGAGUUUAGUGGUAACAUGCUUUCUUCCUCUUAUUGGCCUCUCCGGUGUCUUCCAAGCUAAAAUGCUGACCGGCUUUGCUAAUGAGGACAAGAAAUCAAUGGAGGUGGCAGGGCAGGUGUCUAGUGAAGCUAUGACCAACAUCAGAACCGUUGCAGGCCUAGCUAAAGAGAAAGAAUUUGUGGAUCUGUAUGAACAGCAGCUGGAGGCACCCUACAAAUCAUCUAAGAAGAAGGCUAAUGUCUAUGCCAUCUGCUUUGCCUUUUCCCAAUGUGUUAUCUUCAUGGCCUAUGCAGCCUCAUUUAGAUAUGGUGGCUAUUUGGUGAAUUUUGAGGGCCUGCACUAUGUGGUUGUUUUCAGAGUAAUAUCUGCCCUUGUAAUCAGUGGCACAGCUCUCGGAAGAGCUUCAUCUUUUACUCCAGAUUAUGCCAAAGCCAAAAUUGCUGCUGCACAGUUCUUCAAAUUACUUGACAGAGUCCCUAAAAUCAACACUGGUCAGAAGGAGGGGAAAAAAUGGGAUUACUUUAUGGGUAGGAUUGAGUUCAAAAACUGCAGAUUUACCUAUCCAAGCAGGCCUAACAUCCAGGUGCUGAGGGGACUUGAGGUAGAAGUGAAUCCUGGCCAGACUCUUGCUUUUGUGGGCAGUAGCGGUUGUGGCAAAAGCACCAGCGUUCAACUUCUGGAAAGAUUCUAUGACCCUGAUCAUGGCCAAGUGCUGAUAGACGGACAUCCAUCCCAUGAAAUUAAUGUACCGUUCCUGAGGUCUCAGAUUGGAAUUGUGUCUCAGGAGCCUGUGCUUUUUGACUGCACAAUAGCAGAAAAUAUUCAGUAUGGCGAUAAUUCACAGUCCAUCACCAUGGAGGAGGUUAUAGAGGCUUCCAAGAAGGCUUAUCUGCAUGAAUUUGUGAUGACUCUACCUGAUAAAUAUGAGACUCAGGUUGGAGCACAGGGUUCUCAGCUGUCUAGAGGGCAGAAGCAGCGUAUUGCAAUUGCUCGUGCCAUUAUCAGAAACCCAAAAAUCCUGCUGUUGGAUGAGGCUACCUCUGCCCUAGACACAGAAAGUGAGAAGACAGUACAGGCAGCACUGGAUGAGGCUCGAUGUGGCCGAACUUGCAUUGUCAUUGCACACAGACUCUCCACCAUUCAAACUGCUGAUAUCAUUGCAGUGAUGUCUCAAGGUGUUGUCAUUGAGAAAGGCACACACGAAGAGCUUAUGGCUAAGAAAGGUGCCUAUUACAAGCUGGUCACUACAGGAGCACCCAUAAGUUAAAAAUUAUUAUGUAGAAUGAUGAGGUAGACCUUUACAUUAGAUUACUGGUGUAAUAACAGUAUGUGUACUGAUCAACAGUUCUUUACCACAAAACACUCAGCAUUGUAUUAUAGGUAGCAUAUGGAUUAUAUGACAUCACUGUUUGAUUUCUAUUUCUCUUGGUAUUUCUAUGGCAACUAUUUACCCUUUUGUUCCAUUCAUCAUUAAUAUUUCUCUAGCAGAUGUGUUUGGAAGAGAGGACAGAGUGUUCUUUACUCUUUCUGGUACACUAAAUGUACCUAUCUUAUUUGACUUGGCACAUAUUUGAAUAAAACCUAGAGAAUGUUUUUUCCUAUGAAUAUGUAAAAAAAAAAAAAAAAACGAACCUGGUAUUUGUAUCACUAUUUUCACACAAGGAUAUAUUUGAGGAUGUGUUGGUGUGACUUUUAAAACUCUGAAUGAAGUACUGUGUUGAUUUAUUGGUUAAAAUACUAUAGCCUUGGUGCAAAAAAGUAUAAGGUACGUAUGUGCAGAGCAUAAACAAUAUAGCAACACUAACAAGCUAUAAAAAGAAAGAGGAAUGGAGCAUUAAGAAAGUUAGUUGUAAACGGGGAAUGGAGGAAAGGAGGGAUUGAAUGUUGAGACGGAUGUAGGUACAGGGUGGGGAGACUAAACAAUUUUUAUUACUAUACUAUUCAGUACUAUUCAGUACAAGUAACACAUUUAUAUAAGUGGAUGUCAUUUAAAUAGUCUGCUAAUUUAUUAGGAUUCUUUAGCUCUGGGUUUUUGUUUGUUUGUUUUGUUUUUUGUUUUUUUUUUUGUUUUUUUUGCUUUCCUGGCUGACAUUAUUUAGCUUAUCCUCUGUACUAACGUGGGUGUAUUCCGACGCCAUUAUCCAGUUGCUUUUUUUCUCAAUGUCCUGUUAGAUAUGUAUGUGAUGUUUGUUGUGACUACUUUGAAAACUGUGAUAUUUACAUUAAACUUGCUUUAUAAAUAA